CGCAGAAGCAGGAAGCGAAACAGCAGCACCUGACGCGCAAACACCCGCGGGACCGCGACGCGUUGAACUGCUCUUCUCAGGAAGCAUGUGAUGACCCAUGCUCGGAAAAACGCUUCCAUUGGCCGGUAUCGCGGCGAGGGGCGGGGCCACGUAGAAAGCUGGUCACAUGGUGAAACAGUGGGCGGAGCCUGGCCUGCGCAUUCAUCGCGAGAAGGCAAGGCCAAGAAAGUCAAGGAGAGUCAAUGUUUGGCAAAACGUUCAAUGAAAAUGCAUGAAAGUAAGACUAAGAAAGGAAAGUCCAAUGUGACGAGUGAGCGCCAUCGGAAGCUCUACCCAUUACGAGGAAGAAGCGAGGCCUUGAGUUGUCACGUAUUGCUCACUCGUCUAGAUAAUGAGACCAAGACGUGUGAGGUGGAUCCCAACAGAGAUCCAGAACACAAAAAGACAAAAAAAGCCCACAAGAAAGCAGAGAAAACCAGGGAGCCAUUGCAGAAACGCCUCAAAACCUUUGAUAAACCUUCAGCUCAGGAGCCACGCAAACGUAGACUAGCGUCGCUCAACGCCGAGGCGCUCAACAGCCUUCUGCUUGAGAAAACCGACGGGCCGCCAGGUGCCAAGCCCACGAAGAAACAAACCACUACAGAGCAAACGAAAACCUGCUCCAAAAGAGCCAGAAAGUCCGAGACGUGCCAAAACCCCAAGGCGGAUGAGGCUGGAGUGAGUUUGUACGCUCCUGUUCCCCGACGCUUGGCUGGACUCAACGCCGCCGCGCUGCUGAAGCUCACCAGCUCGACUGCAGACAAGCACAGGACCAGAUCUGACAAACCCAAAGCAGCGCAGAAGUCCAAGAAACCGCAGCCGGAAUCGCAAGGCGCCUGCGAAGUGUGCAAAAGCAGGAGCUUGGAGUCAAACCUGAGUCCGGAGAGCCACGGCUUGAGUAAACCCGGAUACCAGAGCAUGCUGGGAUACCGUCCGGUGACGCUGGUGAAGGAGGAGCUGAGUCCGUGUUUCUGCUGUCCGCCGGAGUAUCUGGCGCUCUUCCUUGGCGAGGAGCACCGGGUCAAGCACGAGUGCCUGGUUCUGUGCGCCGAGCCCUGCUGCUCCAGCUACUACGUCCACAUCGCUCACCCCGGGCCGAGUCUGAGCCGGAUCCCACACCCAGCCUUCUGCUGCCGCCGGGCCUGUCGGGUCGGAGGAUUCGCCUUCAGCACCGUGCAGCCCGUCGCCAGCCGGACCUGCUCCUUCUCCAGCUGCAGCCGUCCCAUUAAAACAGAAGACGAGCUCGUUCCCCCGGCCGUCCCGCGUCUUCUGUCCACGAUGUCCGACCGCAGGCAGGCCGAGGUCAGGCUUCAGAUGGGCAAAGAAUGCCCUCAAAACACCACACCAUCCCACGGCUCGCUCACUGUGGGCCACAGCAGAUCCUCCCAGAAACACCCCACAGCAAGUGCCGAACAGCAGAGGCAGGCCACGAACGGAUGGCGUCCCGUCGGAGUCCCCACGGAGAAGGAGGUGUUUACUGCGGGCGAUGACGAGACGGUUCUCCGUCAGUGUUAUGAAGGAGUGGAGCGUGAAGGAGAGGUGAUCAGGGUGCGAGACACGGUGCUUUUACGGUCCGGACCCCGCAAGAAAUCCCUGCCGUACGUGGCCAAGAUCUCCGCUCUGUGGGAAGACCCCAGAACAGGAGAGCUGAUGAUGAGUCUGUUCUGGUAUUAUCGUCCUGAGCACACGCAGGGCGGCAGAGAUCCCAGCAUGCACUGCGAGAACGAGAUCUUCGCCUCCCGUCAUCAGGAUGAGAACAGCGUGGCCUGCAUCGAGGACCGCUGCUACGUUCUGCCGCUAGCACAGUACUGCAGAUUUUGUGCCUUGCUGAAGCAGCGCUCGGAGGGCGUGUCCGACCACGCCCCGCUGAUGCCCCGCCCCUCCGACAGUGCUGGCCCCGCCCACCGCCUGGUUCCCGACGGCGUGGAUCCGCGGCUGGUGUAUCUGUGCAGACACGUCUACGACUUCCGCUUCGGACGCAUCCUCAAGAACCCGCAGUGAAGCUGUGCGCUGAGGAUGAAUCUGCCUUUCCUCCUCCUCCUCAUCCGCUCGCUGAAGCUUUGCCAUGCACACUGGACUGUCACACUGCUGAGGGAGGAUGAAGAAGCUCCAGAGGAUCCAGAAUGCUUUCAUAAAAUAUUUCACAAGAUCAAGACUAGACCGCAGAUCCAGAUUAAAGGUCCGUUCACACUAAUGACGAUAUAACCAUAACUAUAAUCGCUGUCGUUUAAUGAAAAUAUUGAGUUCCAACCACAACUAUGACAACACAGAUGAACUAUAUGUGUCCCUGCAGCACAAAAGCAGUCUUAAGUCGCUGGGGUAUAUUUGUAGCAAUA